UUGACGCACCUUCUCAGCACACGUGCAACUUUGAAAGAUUUUUCAUAAAAUCUUAAUACGUCCUUCAUAAUAUUUUCCUCAAGCUGGAAUUAUGACGUCGGUUAUGCGUGGUAAAGCAAAGUCCACGCUGUUAGUAUUACUGAUGUUACACGUGACCACGAAGUCGUGCAUUUUGCCGUCGCCGUUGACGCUGCAAUUAAUACUGGAGUACGCGGAAUGGCGAUUUUGGAACCAAGUGGUCCUCUUCGGUAACGUUAGCCCGUUCAAUUGUGCGCUUAAUUACGCUCGGCCGUUGAUCGAGUGUUUCGGAGAGAAGGGUAUCAGCGUUUCGUUGCAAUCAGCGACGAAUCCAAACAUACCAGACGCGCUUACCAUCCGGACGCACCGCGUCGGAUCGAUUGUGCUGCUGGACGAACUUAAUCUGACGUCACCUGACAAUGUUAUCCAAAUGGCCUCUCAAAAGCUUUUGUUCAACUAUUACGUCUCCUGGUUCCUGGUGACCACCCGGGACACCGACUCCACCAUCGAUGCGGUUCUUCGGGAUCUCAAUAUCGGCAUCGACAGUGAUGUAGUCGUUGCCACUUCACCGUUGCCGAAUGACGCGACAGCCUGGAAAUAUGCACAGAAGUAUUGGAACAAGACAUGUUUGUCAUUUCGACGUUACGGUGAUCGCUUCGAGUUCACGGGGCCGCCCGAGCGACGCAACGUCGAGAAUGCCACUAGCAAUCUGAGCUACGUGAUCCUGGAGAACCGUACGGUCUCCUUCUACAUGGUGCACACCUACAAGAUACGCAACUCCGAUAACACGAGUCUCGUGACACGGUACCUCGGCUUCUGGAACCCGGGUGCUCACACCCUCAAGCCGCCGGUCAGCGUUAAGCUGAGAAACGACUUCAACGGCCUCCCCAUCAUCUUUGGCGUGCUGAAUGGCACGAAUGAUGGACAAACGGACGUCAUAGAGGCAGAAGCCAACGAUAUCGCGCCGCUCUUAGACUUGGCCACUUUCGUCACCAGCAAUGUGAACGCUAGCAUCGAGCUGGUGCCGUACGAGAAGCUCGGCAUACUGACCAACAAGGUGUGGAAUCACCUUCUCGGCGACGUCGUCUCGGGCACUGUCGACAUUGGCUUGGGCUACAUCACCGUCAACGAAGAGCGCCUGAGCGAGAUGACUUUCAGUUACCCUCUGAUACGUUACAUGAGGAACAUUUAUUACCAUCCGCUGGAGACCGGCACGAUGAGGGAUAUAUUUUUGCAGCCGUUCAACAACCAGCUGCUCGGCUGCGUCGCGGCGACGUGCCUCUUGUUGCUGAUCGCGAUGGCGACGGUGAUUUACGCCGCCAAGACGAUACUGCACAACGAAGACGAGAAGCACGCCGGCAUCGGCGAGGCCGCGCUCUGGUGCAUCAGCAUCAUGUGCAUGCAAGGGUCACCGUGGAUACCGCGAACUCCGUCCGGCAAGACCCUGAUGCUGUUCAGCCUGAUGUUCUCGCUCGUCAUGUACAACGCCUACGCCGGAUUCAUCACGUCUAUACUGUCGGUGCAGGCCAGUGGGAUCAGGUCGAUCACCGAUCUGCUCUUCAACAAUUUCAGGCUGGGCUACAGCGUCGCCGACGACGAGUACAUAAGAAACGUAAACGACAGUAAUCUGCGCCAGCUGUACAUAAAGGCGUUCAACAGCCGCGAGUCUCGUUUGGAGACGACGACCGGCCUCUUGAAAGCCGUCCGUGGCCGAUACGGGUUCUUCGUGAGCGCGACUCUGGCGCGACGCGCCCUCGAGACCACCCUGAUACAGGAGCGGUGCAGCCUGAAGGAGCUGCCGCUGCCGCAGACCUUCACGGUGGUGGCUCUUCCCACGGCCAACAGUUGUCCGUACCGGAAGAUCAUCAACCUCAACAUACUGCGCAUAUACGAGCGCGGCGUUCUGGACAGGAUAGCGCAGCAGAUGCUGCCGUCGAUGCCGCGUUGCGCGACCCUGACCACCUUCCACAGCGCGAGGCUCGCCGAUGUUUACUCGGCCUUCUUCAUCCUCGUGGCGGGCCUGCUCACGGCGCUCACCUUCGCCAUCCUCGAGCGGGUGUGGAAGAAGCGCCGGCAGAUGCGGGAGACGAUAGUGCGCGGCAUCCGGCAGCACCACCUCAUACCGCACCUCCACUUCCACCAGCACCACCAUCAUCGUCCUCCUCUCGGCCGGCAUCACCGGCCCGACCACCGACUCGAUCAUCGCUUCCGCGUUGACGCGACGGCCGACCCCGCGUACCUGGCCGAGCUGCGGAAGCAGGCACGCCAAGUGGCCUUCGUCGGCCUCGCGAAGGGACGGCCCGACGACAGUCCGGAGAGAGCGACGGUGGACCCGCAGGUGGAUCCUUCGCGGUUCCAGGUGCGACGACGGCCGAAGAGAGCCGUCCGGGCCACCCUCUCGGGCCUGUCCAGGCGGAAGAUCAAGCCGGCCGACAAGAGCGCGAUCACCGCGCCCGUCUUUCCGUUCUGCAAUUGAACCCCCACCGCUCGGGCAUUUCGAACGUCGACUACGAUCGAUCGUUUAGAGCGCUUGCAAGAGAUACUUACGCUUCCGGAUUUUGAGUUUUUUCCUUGCGUGCGUUCUCUCUCUCUCUCUCUCAUUCUUUCUCACUCUCUCACAACCCUGUACCUUUGCAGAGGCAGUCCGACCGCUCGGUCCGUUUACGGUAACACCCUGUACACGUGGCACUCGUGGUACGCGCGGGGGAUGCCUUUGAGCUCGUUUACGAGUUAAGAAAUCGUUUUAUCGAAACUGCGCAGCCAAUAAACAUGUGUGAUUUGUCCGACAGCAAUACAUGUAUAUGUGUAUAAUAAU